AUGGGAAAGAAAGGAGAAAAUAGAGCUUCUAGGGCUUUCUUGUUUACUACUAGUGCUCUUCUAGUAGUAAUAGUCUCUUUAAGUUUUCUUCCAUGUCUCAUUGAUGCAACACUAGAUUACAAGCCAAAACCAACCCCUUAUAAGCCAAAACCAACAACCCCAACCCCUGGAGUAUAUAAGCCUAAAUCUCCUCCACCACCACCAAAGAAGCCAAUUUAUGUGCCUACAAAGCCAAAAUCACCACCACCAAAGAAGCCAAUUUACGUGCCUAUAAAGCCAAAGUCACCACCACCAAAGGGAGUAUACCAUGUGCCACCAACGCCUCAUACCCCCAAGAAACCAUAUAAGAAAUCUCCACCACCACCAUAUCAUGAGACGGAAUUAACUGUUAAGCCAUAUGUGCCUAUAACACCUACCCCUACAAAGCCAUAUAAGAAAUCUCCACCACCCCCAAAGAAGAAGUCUCCACCACCACCAAAGAAGAUAUAUCCUCCACCACCAAAGAUAAAAUAUCCACCACCACCAAAGAAGAUAUAUCCACCACCACCAAAGAUAAAAUAUGCACCACCACCAAAGAAGAAGUCCUCACCGCCACCACUAAAGAAGAAAUAUCCUCCACCACCAUAUUAUUAA